AAUGGAUCAUUCUUACUACUCAAACCCUAAUGGCAUAGACCAGAGUCCUCAAAUUGCAGACUUUUCCUCAUACAUCAUGCUGAAAAUGAAUAAAAUGAAUAGAAAGGCUAACUCACAUAGAUCCAAGCAGGCAAGAAAGCCAGGCUUGAGCUUUCUCAAUUAUAAUAACAAAUUCAAGAUGAAAGCAGCUAAGUUCUCAGAAAAGUAUAAACCAGGGAAGAUAUGUAAAGGCAUUCCGAAUGAGCUAAGGCUAGGAUAUAGUCUUAUAAACAAAAGAAGAAGUUCAAUGAACAUCAAUUACCAAAAUUUCUCAAUAAAAAGACCCAAAUAAAGCCAUAAAGGCCACUCUAAAACUUGAUGAGGUGUCAAAUUUCCAGCCUGGUAUGACUCUCAGAGGGGAGAGAUUCGGUCAGAGCGGCAUGAGGUUCUUCUCGAAUAAAUUGAAGAUUUCUCCAUCCGAAGUAGGCCAUACUUCAUUUGAGAAAUAUUUUAUACAAUCAAAUAACAAGAAUGUGCACGAAGGUCCUCGACCACCAUCAAUUUUGAGCCAAAGCUGUUCCCGUCCAUUUUCUUCUGACAGAGAUCUUCCAAUAAUCUCAAUUGCAAACAGUUCAGGCACCAACCUGAAGCCAUCGCCCCAAAAACCCGAGGCAAAGCAGAAGAUUAGAAAUAGCUUGACAAUGCAAAUGUUCGGCCAAAAGGGUGCCAAAAAGUCCCUCAAACAAUCUAUCAUGGCUGCUCUAUUAAUCAAGCUCUUCAGGUACAAGCGUCAACAAUCAAUAGAUCGCGCACUUUUCAGUCAAAAAGUCGAGCAAUGGAAAAAUGUAAUGCUAAAGGACCCUUCUAAAAGAAAGCCCAAAUCAACUAGAGCUUCUAUAACCUACUAACCAC